UUUUUGACUUGUAUAUGAAUAAAUAUGACCCAAAGCCGGACAAUAAUAUGUGAAUGAGUAUUUUGGAUGUGCUUAAAUGGGCUGGAUAUUCUAGUUUCCGCACAGACAUGGAGCCCCACCACCAUUAUUCUCUCCACACAGACAAAGCAAAUCAUAUAUACACUUUUGUUUAUAUAUAUAUAUAUAUAUAUAUUAGGAGAUUUAGGCUUCUUCAUUGGCCUUCUUGAUUCCAUUUCUUCUAAAACUACCCAUCUAUCUUUUCUUUCAUAUUUUCAUGAUUGGUCACUUCUCCAUCUUAUCUGCAAAACUCUCUCUUUCAAAGUUAAACCAUCUUAUAUAGUUAUUACCUUCUCUUCUUCUUCUUCUUCUUCAGAGAGGGCCAUGAGUUUUUCAGAGGACAACGAUGAUGAGUAUGAGAAACUUGUUAGAAGGAUGAAUCCCCCAAGAGUCGUGGUUGAUAAUGAGUACUGCAAAAAUGCAACUGUUAUACAGGUUGACAGCGCUAAUGAACACGGUAUACUUCUGGAAGUUGUUCAAGUCUUGACUGAUCUGAAUCUUAUCAUUGCCAAAGCUUAUAUUUCUUCAGAUGGAGGCUGGUUCAUGGAUGUCUUCAACGUUACUGAUCAAGCUGGGAACAAGAUUGUUGACGAAGACGUCCUUGACUAUAUUAAGAAGUCUCUUGGUCCAGAAUCGUGUUUUAUGCCGGCCAUGAGAAGAUCUGUGGGUGUGAAACCAUCUACGGACAGUACAUCCAUAGAAUUGAUUGGAAGUGACAGGCCAGGACUUCUCUCUGAAGUGAGUGCUGUUCUUACAAACCUAAGAUGCAAUGUUGUAAACGCUGAAGUUUGGACCCACAACACCAGAGCUGCCGCAGUCAUGCAAGUAACCGAUGAAGAUUCCGGUGCUGCCAUAACCGAUCCAGAGAGAUUAUCCUCGAUCAAGAAACUUCUCUGCAAUGUACUCAAGGGAAGCAACAGGAAAAGAGAAGCAAAGACGGUUGUUUCUCAUGGAGUGACUCAUACAGAGAGAAGACUUCACCAGAUGAUGUUUGCGGACAGGGCUUACGAGAGGCAGCUCAAUGGUGAGGAAUCCAGGGCUAGACCGGAGGUUAAUGUUGUCAAUUGGCAGGAUAGAGACUAUUCAGUUGUAACUAUCCGUUGUAAAGACAGACCUAAGCUUCUGUUUGACACGGUUUGCACGUUGACUGAUAUGGAGUAUGUUGUUUUCCAUGGAAGUGUUGAUGCUGAAGAAGGUCCACAGGCCUACCAGGAAUAUUGCAUAAGACACAUUGAUGGUUCUGCAGUGAAAUCAGAGGCUGAAAGGGAAAGGUUGAUUCAAUGUCUAGAAGCAGCUAUUGAAAGAAGAGUAUCUGAAGGUUUGAAGUUGGAAUUAUGCACCAAGGACAGAGUUGGGUUGUUGUCAGAUGUGACCAGGAUAUUCAGGGAGAACAGCCUAGCUGUGAUCAGAGCAGAGGUUGCAACUCGAGCUGGGAAAGCUGUGAACACAUUCUACGUUCGAGAUUCAUCUGGGUACCCAGUUGAUAGAAAGAUUAUAGAAUCAGUUAGGCAAUCGAUUGGGAAGACGAUACUGCAAGUUAAAGGAGAGAACCAUGAGGAGGAGCAGAAUCAGGGACAAGAAUCAUCAACUAGGUUUUUUGGUGGGUUGUUUAAGUCAAGGUCUUUCUGUAACUUUGGUAUGAUCAAAUCCUACUCUUGAAGAAGAGUUCAUCAUCAUCAUCAUCACUGCAGUCAUGUACAUAUAACAACAAACAAACACCUGUCUUCUCCUUGCUUUUUAUUUAUUUAUUUUCUUUUUAGGUGGUUAAGGAAAUUGUACAUAAUCCCCAACCCAAACUCUUUUCAUGGAAUGUCUUUGUAAUCUAUGCUCAUGGGUCUAAUCUCAUGUUGGAUCCAUU